AUGGCGACAUUGAAGGCGCUGCCAGCUCUUAUUCGAGAAUCCUUCAAAAGAGCUCAAGAUUCGGGCGAUCUGACGUUUUAUCCAACCCAGGUGGCUAUUCUCACAUGUAGUGGUUUUCCUUUUCAGUUACGAUUCUCUCCUGCCCUUGCGAACAAACCAAAAUCAAAUAAACCAAAGGGCUCAAAGCCAGUGGAUCCAUUUGAGAAUCCCGCAAAAGGUCUCUUUAUUUCAGAUCUACAACCUUCGCAUUAUCUUGUCCUAAACAAGUUUCCGGUUACCCAUGACCAUUUUAUACUUGCGACAAGAGAAUUUAAAGAGCAAACAGAUCUUCUUGAGAAAGAUGACCUUGCGGCUGCUUACCAGUGCCUGAAAAAUUACCGGGAAAACGGAGAAGAAUUGUUUGGUUUCUUCAAUUCCGGUGAACAUUCUGGAGCUUCACAGCCCCACAGACACAUACAAUUUUUGCCUGUCGACUCGAUGCGCACGGGCAUUCAAGGAGGACCUACCUGGAGUAUUUUGGCAGACAAACUCAUAGACAGUAAUGACUUCCCUUUCACGUAUUUUGCCUCCCAAGUCCCAAAUAAUGCAACGCCCAGCCAGCUUCAUAGUCUAUAUCUAGAAAUGCACGCAAAAGCUUGUCAGAUUGGAAGGCUUAACCAUACGACUUUGCAUAAAACUACCAGGAAAGAAGAAUCACCGAUCAGCUACAAUCUUGGGCUCACCAACCAUGUAAUGGUACUAUGUCCCCGAACAUCGGAAGGCCCAAAAAUAAGUAGUGCUACCGGCGAAAUAAUUGGGCCUAUUGCACUCAAUGGUACUAUCCUUGGUGGCACACUCCUGGUGAAAAAUGAAGAGGAAUGGCAGGCUUUGCGGAACGACGAAUCGAAACUCAUGGAUAUAUUGGAUACUAUUGGAAUCCCUUCAGCUAAAAACGAAACAUGA